AUGUUAUCUUCAGGAAAGCUUCGAUGGUUAUAUUUCAUAUUUGGACAAUAUAUGAUAUCAUAUGUAAGAACAGCAUGGCCACCAUCAAAUUCUUCAAAUGUACAAUUAUUAGGUAUCUUUGAAUAUAUUACAAAUAUUACUGAAUCUACUAUAUGGUCUGUUCAAUCUCGUGCGAUGUUUAUAUCAGCAAUAUUACUCUCUCAACAAUAUAAUAUGACUAUUCAAGGACAGAAUAUUAGCUGGCAAACUGUAGAAACUGGAGGGGAUCCAAUGACUGCUCUUGGAGAUACAUGUCGAGUAAUGACGACUUCAAAUAUCGUUGGCAUUGUAGGAUCAGGACUCUCAAGUGAAUCUCAUAUUAUUGCUCCUUUUUCUGCAAAAAUCGGUAUACCUAUCGCAUCCUAUGCAGCAACGGAUCCAGCACUAUCUGAUGGCAUUAUUUAUCCUACAUUCUAUCGUACAGUUCCAUCAGAUAAUACAACUGCAUUGGCAAUGGCUCAACUUUUCAUUCGAUUUAAUUGGACAUCAUGUAUCGUUAUCUAUCAAAAUGAUGAUUAUGGAACAGGUGGUGCACAAGCAUUAACUGAUAUAUUUACUAAUCAGAAUUUAAUAGUUUCACAAAUGAUCAUAUUUGAUAUUGUCACUCUUACUAUUCGUGGUGAUUUAAAGAGUCUUUUAAAAAGUAGUUCAAUACGAAUAAUUAUACUUUGGAUGGACUCAGAUUAUUCAUCUGUAUUUAUACAAAACGCACUUGAUUUAGAUAUUUUUGGUCCACAAUUCACAUGGAUAUUAACUUCAACUAUUUCAUUGGAUAGUUUUAAUAGUACAUCUUAUAAUAAAUUAAGUGGAAUGAUCACCGUUGAACCAGUUGUAGGUAGUGUUGUAAAUGCUCCAAUAAACACAACAUUAUUAAGUGCAGCAUAUAAUAUAUGGCAACAAUAUGAACCAGAAACAUUUCCUGGAUCAGAUAAAGUUGAUUAUUAUGCAAUAUUUGCAUUUGAUGCAACUUGGUUGUUGAUUCAAGGAUUAAAUCAACUUUGUUCAUCUUUUCAUAAUAUUUCAUCAACAUGUACAACAUUAACUGGUGAUUCAUUCUGUUUUAAUCGUCGUUUUGUUAAUUCUGAUUUAUUUAUGAAUAUACUUGAUAAUACUUCAUUUCUUGGUGUCUCUGGUCCUAUACGAUUCGCAAGUAAUUUGACUGAUCGAAUAGAUGGUAAUUAUUAUAUUUCAAGAAAUAUUCAAGGUUCUUCAACUAAUCUGAAUUUUGUUCCAAUAUUGGUAUGGUCUAAUUCGAAUGGAUGGACAACAAAUACACAAUCGAAUGUGAUAAUCUGGCCUGGUAAUUCAUUAGUAGUUCCUACUGGAUAUGCAGCAGUAUCAGGUUUAACGUUAAGAAUUGCUGUUGUCGAUUCAACUCCGUAUACAAUGAUGUCAGAAAUACAAGAUGCUUCUGGAAAUAUAUCAACAAAAUUAAUUGGAUAUGUACCAGAUUUUAUUGACGAACUACAAAAUCGAAUGGGUUUUACUGCUGAUAUUACUUAUUUUCCUGGAAAUAUGUCAUAUAAUAAUAUAAUUAAUUUAGUAGCUAAUGGUACUUUUGAUAUGUUCAUCGGUGAUGUAACAAUUACUGCAGCACGAAGAGAAAUAGUCGAUUUUUCGAGUACAGUAUAUGAUAACUCAUUACGUGUCGUUGUAAGAGAUGCAAUUAAGAUCAAGUUAGAUUUAUGGUCAUAUUUAAAACCAUUUUCUUUUAAACUAUGGAUAACUAUAUUAUGUGCUACUAUAUGUGCUGGUAUUAUAAUAUGUAUAUUAGAAAGACAACAAAACGAAGCAUUACAAGAUCGAUCAAUGACUGGUCUUGUAGGUAUGAGUAUGUGGUAUUCUUUUGGUACAAUUAUGGGAUUCGGUGUAGAUUUUAGUGUUGCUACAGCUGCUGGUCGACUAUUAACUGCUGCUUUAUAUAUUUUAAGUUUGAUAUUAGUUGCUGCAUAUACUGCAAAUUUAGCAUCUGACCUAACAUUGUUAAAGUCACAAGCUACUAUUUCUGGAAUAGAUGAUAUUAAAAAUGGAAAAGUUUCAUAUAGUCGCAUUGGUAUUGUUGUUGACUCAUCUAUUGAAGACUACUAUUUAAGAGAUAUUUCUAGUAGUAGUCGAAAUUAUUAUCCAUUAACAUCAGAAAUAGAUGUAUAUAAUGCUCUAUUGAAUGGUAAUAUUGAUGCAUCUAUUAUGGAUGCUGGUACUGCGGAAUAUAUGGUUAAUAGUAUAUAUUGUAAUUUAACUGUGGUUGGUCCUGAUUUUGAUCAAAGUGCAUAUGGUAUUGCUUUUCAAAAAAAUUGGUUAUAUGAACAAGAUUUAGAUGUAGCUAUUUUGUCACUAAGAGAGGAAGGUGUAUUUGAUAAUCUAAUAACCAAAUGGUUUCAAACAAAUAUAUGUUCUCAAUCAUCUGAUACAUCUACUGCUAUGUCAAUUGAAUCUAUGGCUGGAUUAUUUAUGACCUGCGGAGUUAUAAGUAUUCUGGCUGUAUUAUUUUUCAUAUGGAAAAGACACAUCAAUUCAAAAAAAGACUUCAUCAACAAGUGA